AUGCAAAAGGUGUUUGCUCAAAGGUCUACUAAAGUUUUUACAAUAUCAUCUAAAAAGAGUAAUCAAAUUUCUAGCAGACCAAAAGAAGAAUUCAUUCGGAACAUAAAACCCAUUCUUUUGAUAUCUCGAGUAUUUGGACUGACACCCUACUCAAUAUCCAAUACGAAGUUAUCUUUGUCGAGGAUGAAAAUCGCACAUUCUGGAUUAAUCAUAAUCUUUGCAUCUUAUGUUCUUUACGAACGGCUGAAUCUUUACUACUAUCACAGUAAUUUGGAAUCUAAACUGCUACAUCUCUCAAUGAUAAGAUCAGUAUUAACACAUCUUUGUGUGUACAUAGAUGUUGUUCUUGCUAAAUCAGAAGAUGAUCAUAAACAUCUUAAUAUCCGUGAUGCAUGGCGGCUGCAUUGGUAUUUAGUUUCUGCAGCAGAAGAAUUAAAUUCAAUGUAUUCGAUCCAACUUUUAGUUUGGUGCGCAACCCUAAGUUUCAAUACAAUAUCAAGAAUUUAUACUUUUUUUACACUGCAUGAGAGUAAAAAUAUUUUUAGGAAUAUUAGAGAAAGUAUUCUUGCUUCUUAUUUUAUUGCUCUUUUGACAUCUUUGGCAACAAUUUGUAGCUUAACUGCUAAUGAGGCCAACAAAGUCGGUACACUAAUUUUUUCGCCAAAAUAUCUUCGAAAGCGUUACCUAGGUCAAAAGGAGGGUUUGUUUCAGGACAGUUUUACAAUUGGACAAUACUUUCUUCUUCAUUCCUUCCACUUUUCAGCUGCUGCUGGAUUCUUUAAAGUUAAUCUUCCGCUCUUAUUGACAGUAACUGGAGCAAUGACGACAUAUCUCGUACUAUUAAUUGCUCCUAAUAAUUGUUGA